AUGGCACCAACAAAACUCAUUACGCACACCAAAAAAUGUUAACUUUUUCUGUUUAACUGCCCUUUUAUUUAAUUUUUUCAUGUUUUAAGCAUUUCCUUUUUUCCUGGAAACGUUCCUCGGACUGUUCCAGCUGUAAGAAGCCGGGGGCGGUGAGGUGUGGCCGCCUGAACGCUCCUCUCCCGCGGGGGGCUUCACUGUAAACAGCCGGAGCUCGGAGAAAGACACCAUUGUUUUUUACGCGCGGGCCUCUCCAUUUACGCACGGCUCCUUUUACGCACGGACCGGGGAGUAACCGGACACUUCUGAAACCCUACUCCGCGCCGUCACGUGAUCCGACUGGAGUAUUUUUGGGGCACUGGAAAAGUAAGUGAGGCUAAAGUGAGGUGCGCGGCGCGGGGGCCUGGAGCGGGACGAGAAUAGCCCGCGCCGGGGGACUGUGUUUUGGAGCGGACCGCUAUGACGACGGGUUUCGAGGAGUGAAGCGGUCAAACCAAAACAGGUGGAUUUGUGCGUCUGAAACAGGUGACUGAGGAGGAAACAUGCCAGCCCCACCACCACCACCCCCUCCACCGCCACCUCCACCGGCCCCCAGUGCUGCUCUGCCACAGUGUCCAGAGCCUCCCAAACCCCCAGCCCUCUCAGGAGCAGGAGGAGCAGGAGGAGGAGGAGGGAGGAGUGCUCUGUUAGCAGACAUCCAGAGAGGAGCCCGACUGAGGAAAGUCGUCCAGACCAACGACCGCAGCGCUCCGGCCCUGGACAAGCCAAAGUCCGGUUCUGGAGACGGUUCAGCUGCUCCUCAGGGCUCCUCAGGUGGAACAGCACCCAUGGGACCUUCUCUGGGCGGACUGUUCGCUGGAGGCUUCCCCACCCUGAGGCCCAUCGGACAGAGGGACCUCACAGGAAAGACGGCGGUUUUCAGGUCGAGCUCGACGGCGUCUCUGAAGCCGCUGUGGAACGCCCCGCCCACGUCAUGUGACCCCAGCUCCGCCCCCGACCUCUCCAAAAUAAGCUCCGCCCACCGACCCCUGGCGCCCUCCUCCUCGGCCCCUCCCUCCCCCUCCCACGGCAGCCGGCUCCAUCCCCUGGCGCAGACUCCGCCCCCUAUGCCCACUUCCUCGCCCCCUCCGCCUCCCAUCCCACUCCCCGCCCCUCCUCCUCCAAUCCCGCUCUCGGCCCCGCCCCCUCCUCCUCCGCCUCUCCCUCUCUCCUCCCCUCCUCCUCCGCCGGCCCCCCUCUCGCCCCCCCGCCCCCCCCCCCCUCCUCUCGCCUUCCAGGAUCGCCCCGCCCACCGCCCGCCCCCCCUGCCCACCUGCCCGCCCCCACCGCCCCCUCCCCCCCAGCUCUCCAAACCCACCUGGCUUCCCCUGCAGAGCUCCGCCCCCCCGCCGCCCCCUCCCCCUCCUCCUCCCCCCGCCUGCUACGUCCCCGGCGACCGCUCCUCCGGCGUGUUCUACCUGCCGCCGCCGCCGUGCAGCCCGCUGGGACCGCCCCCGCCGCCCCCGCUGCCCGCCUCCUUCACGCCCACCUGCCCGUCCAACCUGCCGCCGCCGCCGCCCAAGGUUCCCCCGGUGCCGUCCCCCGCCAUGCGCUCCCUGCCGCCGUCGUACCCCUGCCACGCCCCGACCCGCCGCCCGCCCGCCGUGCCCCGGAGCGCAGGUACCAGUCGUCUGGCUCCGCCCCCGGCUCCUCCCACUCGCUCUCCCUCCACAGAACUGACCAAUCGCAUCCCUCCUCCGCCGCCGCCGCCGCCUCUGCCCCCGUCCGGACUCAGGAACGGACACCUGCACAGUCUGGAUGAUUUUGAGUCAAAGUUCCAGUUUCAUCCUGUAGAAGAUUUUCCUCCUCCAGAAGAGUUCUAA